GGUUCGGUGAAGAAUGAGAUAAAGGAUAGGUCCAUCAAUGGCUAUUAGCCAAGAUGGUCCGAGAUACAACCCCAUGCCCGAGGCCACCCUAAACUUCUGACUGUCGGGAAGGGAAGACGAGUGGAUCACUCCAACUGCCCUAUGAAAGGGGAAAUCAGCUGCUCCUCCACUUCAUGUGUCUAACAACCCUUGAUCAGGAUGGAGGCCUCCUGCCUCGAACUAGCCCUCGAAGGAGAGCGACUGUGCAAAGCUGGGGACUUCAAGGCUGGAGCAGCCUUCUUCGAAGCAGCAGUGCAGGUGGGGACAGAGGAUCUGAAGACUCUUAGCGCUAUCUACAGCCAGCUGGGUAAUGCCUACUUCUACCUAAAGGAAUAUUCCAAGGCCCUGGAAUACCAUAAGCAUGACCUCACUCUAGCCAGAACCAUUGGGGACCGUAUCGGAGAAGCCAAGGCCAGUGGCAACCUUGGGAAUACAUUGAAAAUACUUGGGCAGUUUGAUGAAGCCAUCGUUUGUUGCCAGAGACACUUGGAGAUUUCUCAGGAGCAGGGAGACAAGGUAGGUGAAGCUAGAGCGCUGUAUAACAUUGGCAAUGUUUACCAUGCAAAGGGAAAGCAGUUGUCUUGGAGCAUGGCCCAAGACCCGGGUUCCCUGCCUCCAGAAGUCAAGGAGACGCUGCAGAGAGCUUCGGAAUACUAUGAGAGGAAUCUGUCUCUGGUGAAGGAGCUUGGGGACAGAGCCGCUCAGGGCCGAGCCUAUGGGAACCUUGGCAAUACCCAGUACUUGCUCGGGAACUUCAGCGAAGCUACGGCUUUCCACAAAGAGCGACUCGCCAUCGCCAAGGAGUUUGGGGACAAAGCGGCCGAGAGGAGAGCAUACAGCAACCUGGGCAAUGCGCACAUCUUCCUCGGCAGGUUUGACAUCUCGGCGGAGUAUUACAAGAAAACACUCCAACUCUCCAGACAACUGAAAGACCAAGCAGUAGAAGCUCAGGCUUGCUACAGCCUCGGAAACACUUACACGUUGCUCCAAGACUACGAGCGAGCCAUCGACUACCAUCUAAAGCACCUGCUGAUAGCGCAGGAGCUGGGGGACAGAGUGGGAGAAGGAAGAGCCUGCUGGAGUCUAGGAAAUGCCUAUGUCUCUCUUGGGAACCAUGACCAAGCCCUGCGCUUUGCAAGGAAACAUCUUGAAAUCUCACAAGAGAUCGGGGAUCGGAAUGGGGAGCUGACGGCUCGAAUGAACGUGGCCCAGCUGAAGUCAGCCCUUGGUGAUGAGGAUGGGGAUUCAACCCGUCAUUCUGCUGGCUACGAAGCGCAAGGAGCUAGGCCUAAGAGAAGCCAAAGGAACAGCAUGGACAGUUUAGACCUCUUGAAGUUCCCCUCCGAAAAGGAGCAGAAUGGGGAUAGCCACCACAUGGGAAACCUGAAGAUCACAGGAAAGGACUUCUUGUCUCUGCCUGUGAGAUCCAAGAAAUACCAGGAGAACCAGUCCAGUUCAGAGAGGAAAUCCCAGGAUUCCAAUACGUCACCGUUGGAUGCCAGUGAUGUCCGACUCCAGGUGUCUCAAUCGAAAAUCAGCCGGGCCCCUUCAGACGAGGAAUGCUUCUUUGACCUGCUGAGCAAGUUCCAGAGCAGCCGAAUGGAUGACCAGCGCUGCCCGCUAGAAGAAUGCCAGACAGAGGCUGCAGAGGCUGCUGCCACCUCCAUGCCUGCCCUGGAAGAAAGAAUAUCUCAGUCCUCGUUAAUAGCAUCUCCGCAGACAGAGGAGUUCUUUGAUCUCAUCGCCAGCUCCCAGAGCAGGCGGCUGGAUGACCAGCGUGCCAGCGUGGGCAGCCUGCCCGGCCUCCGCAUCACUCACAACAACCUGGGGCACCUGCGCAUGGAGGGGGAUGCCCAGGAGCCAGGGGACGAGUUCUUCAACAUGCUCAUGAAGUGCCAGUCAUCCCGGAUAGACGACCAGCGCUGCGCUCCGCCAGACGCCGUCCCCCGGGGCCCCACCAUGCCCGAUGAGGACUUCUUCAGCCUCAUCCAGCGCGUCCAGGCCAAGCGUAUGGACGAGCAGAGGGUGGAUCUGGCUUCGGCCCAGGAGGAGCAGCAGCAGAGGAGACCCAGCUCCAGCUAAGAAUUGGGGGUUUGCUUUGAGGAAAGCGUCGUCUGUUUAAAAACUGAGCCCAGCGGCUCCGCGGCAGACGUUCCCGGGGAGGAGCAGCCCUGCCCAGCGAAGGGGGGUGGGUGUAGAGGGGGAGGGGGCGUUUCCUGCCACUUUGGGGGUUUUGUCUUUCCUUGGAGUAGGGGCUGGGCAGGUUCACAAGCUGGGGACAGUUUUUCUAUAUGGCUUUUUAUAGGCAACCAAUGACUGUUCUACAGCUGAGCAAAGCUCGGAGGAACUGCGCACGCACGGCUGGGGGCUGGGCACAGAGUGCCAGGGACACAGACUGAGACAACUGGUGAACUGGCUGCUGCAGCCCCCCUGCCAGCGGUGCCUGGGAGCGUCGGCACCUCCCUGCCGAGCUCUGUGGGGAAGGGGUGUCCAGCGGGGCUGGGGCCCUUUGCCAGAGGCAGGGGGUGCAACCGUGGAGAAGCUGGAGGCGGCCAGCAGUCAGAGUGCUGCAGCAACCGUGCUCCCGCGUGCCGUAAUGUAUUUUAUUUCUGCCACACAUGGGUUAACAGGGAGCCUCUCUUUCCUUUGGACUCCUCCCGGGUCUGGCCAGGAGCCAUUUGGAGCUGUCCUCACCAGCCUGCCAAGGUGACAGCGGGAGCCAUUGGAGCUGGGGUCCUGCCCCGCAGUGCCAAGCUUGGCUCUGGCACCUCUCAGCACAGCUGGCUUUCUCCCACGGUGCCGAGCAAGCCCCGUUCAGGUGCUCUGUGCACCUGGCGCUGCCCCCGCUCAUGGCAACGCCUCCCCUGCAAAGACAGCAGCAGCACGGAGGGUGCCCAUAACUGUCUCCGGUGCCAUGCUGGCUGUGCUGUUACACGGGGAGCGGGGCACUCGGGAGUGGAACCUGUGACCACGAACUAAGAGGCCCCAGUAUACGUGGCACUAGCCCCUGACAGCUGUUGGCCUGUGUCAAAGAGCUCCUGGGUGUUUGCUGGCAGUGAACCCCACGGGGGCCCCGGCGGGUUCAGGCUGAAGCAAAGCAGCAGGGGCUAAACCUUGUUUUGCUGCGUGUUGUGAAGGUGGAACCUCCCGCCCCAGGGCUGUCACUCCGGCCCCGUUCACUACCCUGGGACUACAGCUGUGAAUCUAGCUCCGAGCACUGCCCGCGUCCCAGGGGCUUGGCUUAACACUCCUCCAAGCACUGCCCGCGUCCCAGGGGCUUAACAACCCUCCUCUGAGCACUGCCCGCGUCCCAGGGGCUUAACACUCCUCUGAGCACUGCCCGCGUCCCAGGGGCUUAACAACCCUCCUCCUCCUCUCUUGCAGUAGUAGCGAGAGGCCCCAGCCUGGCAGGCACGGUGUGGGCUAGGACAGGGGCGCACAGGGAAGGUGCUGACUUUGGUGGGGACUUGUCACUUUCACAUAGGCUGAAAAACAAGGCCCCUCCCUCCCCCAAAGCCCUGAGCCCUCCCGCAGAAGGGGGCUAGCUGCCCCCCAGGUUUGCUGUACCGAGGUGCCACGCUGCACUGCCACGCUGGUCCUCAGUGGGCCUUCCAGCUACUGCUCAUCUCCCCCAAGCCCAUGCCUGGGUCUAGGGCCGAGUCCCCGUCGCUCUCAGGAGCGGCCUUCAUGGAAAAUUUCCAGCAGCAAGAAACUCAGGCCGGUGGCACUUAGCCCAACUGAACGGACGCUCGGGAGAGGUACCAGUGCGCUAACCUGUGCGGAUGUCCUAGGUGGGAGCAGGCAGAAUUCACCCUCAGUAUUGCUGGAUGGAUGGACCAGCUCAGCGGGGCCAUGGCUCCCUGUAUUGUAUUCAGUAAGAGGGGCCACCCCCCCCCGGGCUCCGGCUGUUAAGACACCAUGACCAGCUGUGGACUUGUGCCCGUGCCGCCCUGCUUGGCCCGGCCACGAACUGGAAUCUGACCAAUCAGCUUGCGGAAGCGUGACGUAAUUGCCAUAUACUUGAAUGUAGGAGCUUAUUUAUUUUUUACAUGUGCAUUUGCUAAUGUCAUUUUAAGGGGGAAUUUCAACCCACCAGGUACUUGUUUUUUCCUUAAAAAAAAUAAUCUGCCAAAUGAAUUAAUAUAUAGAAAUACAGAGGGGCUGGGGGAGGGAGGUUGUGCUUAAUAAACGUGUGGUCCAAA